ACUGUGGAGGGACGCGGGAACUUGGAAUAAGAAGCCAAUUCAUUUUUGCUCUCCUUAGCCACCCGUACACAACUAAGUUAUACCUUCAGAAGACAAGAGAUUUGCUGGACAAACAGGCUUCUGCUGGGAUCUUCUGGAGGGCUGAGUACCCUGGGUCAAUGACAGAAGAGAGAACCAGAUCGACAACCGUUUGGAAAGACAACAUGAUGCCCUCAAGUAAUCCACAAAAUGUCAUCCACAAUCCGGUGAUUCCAUAUGUUGGUACACAUUCUGAGGAGCUGCAGCCUGGAAAGAUGGUUGUCAUCCAUGGUCAUGUGCCCGAUGAUGCAGACAGGUUUCAGGUGGAUUUCCAAUGUGGCAGCAGCGUGAAGCCCCGAGCCGAUGUAGCCUUCCACUUUAACCCGAAGUUCACAAGGUUAGGCUAUAUCGUAUGCAACACCCUGAUGAAGGAGAAAUGGAGAUGGGAAGAGAUCACCUAUGAGAUGCCUUUUGAAAAAGGAAAACCUUUUGAGAUCAUGAUUAUGGUACUGAAGGACAAGUUCCAGGUGGCUGUGAAUGGAAAGCGUCUAUUGUCCUACAGACACAGAAUUGAACCAGAGAAAAUAGAUACCCUGGGAAUUUAUGGCAAAGUACAGAUUGUGUCAAUUGAGUUUUACAGUAACUGUGACUGUACAAGGAGCCCAAGCAACUUCUCUGGGAAUGCUGAAGAUGAAUUCAGGAAAAAAACAGGAAAAAAAUCAUCAUGGUGGUCAAAGUUCUUUGGGUCACUUUCUAAAUAAGAUGUAAGGUAUUUAUUUUUGUAAUUGUAUUUCAGAUGUGAGACCACUAGAGGGGAAAGCAUGAAAAUAAAGAGAAACACUUUGUAUUUGUAAGAUUUCAAGUUCAUGCAGAAGCUUAGGCCAGUAAUGAAAGGAUCAUCUUUCAUAUGAAAAUACAACUCUUUCACAGUUAUUAGGAAACAGAUUACAUCAGCUACUUAAAGUUAGAACACUGGCCAGAUGAAGUUAAUCAGAUUAACAGCUACAAUAAUAAUAAUAGGUGACAUUUAUCUAACUCUUUCAGGGUGCAGAUGUUAUCUCAUUUACAAUCCAUAACAUCCCAGAAGAGAUUUAAUAAUCCUAAAUAGCUGGAGACAGUUUGAGCACAAACAUCUUGGGGUUGUUUAUGUGCCCAAGGUGAGGGUCUGGUUGACUUCAGCACAUGUAUAUGUCAUGAACAGCAGCAUGAUUCUAAGCACUCUCUGGGUAGAUAGAAAUAAGAAAAAAAAAGUACUAAGUACUUAUAACAUGUCAGGGACAGAAAGUGUAAAGUUCAUAUAUAAUUCUGUGAGAAAAUAUUAUAGCGUGAUGACAUAAAAGACCAAGAAAAGCCAUCCUCUGAAUACUAAAUUAUCAUUUAAAAUGACUAGCU